AUGUCUGCCGAAGAAACUAAACCAAAGGUUGAAGAGACCUCUGCAUCCUCUGGCGUGCCUACUUCCAACGUCUUCUCCAUGUUCGGUGCCAAGAAGGAGAAGAAAGAGGACGACAAGGAAGAGCUGAAGGAGGAAGACAAGAAGGAGGAGAAGAAGGAGGAGAAGUCUGACAAGAAGGACGACGACGAUGCCGCCGAUGAGGAGGAGGCUGACGUCCACUUCGAGCCAUUGGUGCACUUGGAGAAGGUUGAUGUGAAGACCAACGAGGAGAACGAGGAUGUCGUCUACAAGGUGCGUGCUAAGUUGUUCAGAUUCCACGGUGAGUCUAAGGAGUGGAAGGAGAGAGGUACAGGUGACGUGAAGUUCUUGAAGCACAAGACCAGCGGCAAGACCAGAAUUGUCAUGAGAAGAGACAAGACAUUGAAGAUUUGUGCCAACCACUUGAUCCAGCCAGACUACGAAUUGAAGGCCAACAUUGGUUCUGACAGAUCCUGGGUCUACACUGUUGCUGCCGAUGUCUCUGAGGGCGAGCCUGAGGCCCAGACCUUGGCCAUUAGAUUCGGCAACAAGGAGAAUGCUGACAACUUCAAGGAGCAUUUCGACAAGGCCAAGGAGGAGGCCAAAUAA